AUGUGAUGGUUAAAGCGAGUACUACUAGCGAGCGGGGCGCUUCGGAGAGGACACUUCGCCCGCUGCUGGGUCCCUCUUUGCCCCCGGGAGAGCAGCAGAGCCAGGGCCUGGGGCACUUCCCUUGGGGGCUUCCCUGCAAAGGGCCAGAGGGAGAGCUGCUGCUGCUGCUGCUGCUGCUGCUGCUGCCGCCCAUCGGGAUUUUUAAUUUUAAUCUGAUUUUUUUUACAUUUCGUGCUUUUUGGGGAAGUGGAUUUCCCCCCAUAUUUUGUCUUCUUCUUCUUCUUCUUCCUCCCUUCCCCUCUUCCCCAUAUCCAGCCUUCACCAUUGCAGGCUUUCGUUCGUGUGGUACAUGCCGGUGGGAUACACAUAAAGAGAUUAUCCCGGAAUGGUGGAUCACCUGCUUCCUGCGGAUGAAUCUUUUUCAUCCACCAGGCCUUCGAUUGGAUACUUUGGGGACAUGACGGCAAUUGGAAGGUCAUACCAAAUGCUGCCCUCUCCCUUGUCUGAAGAUGACAGUGAUUCUUCCAGCUUUUGCUCAUGCUCCAGCCCUGAUUCCCAGGUUCUUGGUUCAAGCUAUGGGAGCUCAUCAAGCACCGAGAGUCAGGACAGUAUUUUGGACUACUUGUUGUCCCAGGCAUCCUUGGGGAAUGGCCAUGCCUCCUGGUGGGACAAAAGGAGACUUCAGCCCAUUGUGAAGGAUGAACAUUUUCGGAUGCCUGAAUUUAUGGUGGAGAUGGAUGAUGCUGGACCAUUCCAGCCCACCCUUGAGGAGAUAGAGGAGUUUCUGGAAGAGAACAUGGAGACAGAUCUCAAGGAUGGGCCUAAAAGUGAGACCAAAGACAUGAGAGCUUGUAGCCAGAUAACUGUGGCUUCCAUACAGCAAAAAGACCAGAUCGUGCCCAGUAACAGUUUGAAAGACAGUAAAAGUGAACAGUCAAAUGGCAUGAUGGAAGAUAGCCAUGCAUCAAAUGGAACAGCAUCCCUUGAUGGAGGGAUUCCAGUCAUGCUCCAAAUCCAACCAGUAGAAGUUAAACAGCAAUCAAAUACGAGUCCUAGUUCACAAGGUCCAGUUCAAGAGAAUAUUAAAAUUGCACAGCUCCUGGUCAACAUCCAAGGGCAAACAUUUGCACUUGUGCCACAGCUUGUUCAGUCGUCUAACUUGAACUCAUCUUCCAAAUUUGUCCGCAUAGCCCCGGUUCCUAUAGCAGCAAAACCUCUUGGUCCGGGAGGUACAAUCCAGGGUCAAACUGGGGUCAUCAUGGGUCAAAAAUUUCAAAAAAACCCAGCAGCAGAACUUAUUAAAAUGCACAAAUGUACUUUCCCUGGAUGUACCAAGAUGUAUACCAAAAGCAGUCAUUUAAAGGCCCACCUGAGAAGGCACACAGGAGAAAAGCCUUUUGCAUGCACAUGGCCUGGUUGUGGAUGGAGGUUCUCACGAUCUGACGAGCUUUCUCGACAUAGGCGAUCGCACUCUGGAGUGAAGCCUUACCAAUGCCCUGUGUGUGAGAAGAAAUUUGCUCGAAGUGACCACUUGUCCAAGCACGUCAAAGUCCACCGAUUUCCUAGAAGCAGCCGUUCUAUGCGUUCAGUGAACUGAUGGGUCUUGCCUGCCUGCUUCUUUUCACCUGUCCAACCAAGAACAGGUGCUGGCAGCUCUGUCUUCAGUACCUUUCUCUCACAAUAAUUUAUUUGUCUCCACCUAACAGCCGAUGGUAUGACUUCACACAUGCAUCCUCUUUGUUGUCACCCGCCACCAUUGCCUUCUUCCUUUCCUUUCCUUUUCUUUGCUGCUGCUUCCUUUGAAAAUUACAGUGUUUUAUUUUUAGAUGUUUUCUCCUAUGCCAUGAUAAUUUAUGGGCUACUUGCUGCUAGUUAAUUAUAGUUUUGGCAUUCCUGAAGGCUUUGCUCAUGUACAGGGCUGUUCAUUGUAACGUGUUUUUUGUUUGUUUGUAUGUUUGUUUUGGUGUUUGUUUUUUUAAAAAAAAUCAUAUUACGUUGGCCUAUUUGUCCAAUUUGGAAACAGAAAUUUCUUUUUGAAAUGGAAACUGCUUCGUUCAUUUUUGUGGGUUUGAUUUAUUAUUGUCAUUGUUGAGAUGGCAGUAGUGUAGUGCCAGUGGGGUUCAUUAGCUAGGAAAUGGUAGCAACUAUUAAAACAAGAAAUGCAAAAAGGCAUUCUGGAGGCUUGUGUGUGUGUGUGUGCCAACCAGUGGAGUUUGGAAAAGUUACUUUUUGAAUAACAGCUCCCAGAAUCUUCUAGCCAGCAUUGUGAGGAUGUACAGUGUGCCCUCCCCAUUUGCUGGGAUUAAGGGUUCAGGACCCCUGUGAAAGUGGAAAAACUACAAAUGAAAAACCCACUUUUUUUUUUACCCGUGAGAACACCUCUCUAAAAAUCUCUAGGUUCUCCAGCACAAGUCUGUGGUCAUCCUCUGGCAGAAAGUGACCAUAGAAUUGCUCUGGAGGACCUACAAAUGCCUAUAAAAGUGUUCUCUCUAGGAAGGUCCUCCAGUGCAACAUCUGGUGGAUGUUGACCGCAGGGUCAUGAAGGAGGGCCUAGAGAUUCCUAGAGAGAACAUAUUAAUCAAAUCCGUGAAUAAUCAGUUCCAUAAAGUCAAAGCUGCAAAUGUGGAGGGACGACUGUAGGACCGAAUCUGGAUGUUACUUUUCUAACUGGAAUUCUGGUUACAGACAGAACUCAGCUUUACUGGAGAUGAUUUGAAUCAGAAUCAUGGUUCUCCCAGGCACUUCAUAAACCCAUAACAUUCUUUCCAAAACCAGAGACCCACCAAUGGUUUUUGCCCUUCACUCACCAGCUCCUUUCCUGUAUAUUCAACCCUGUUCUGCCAUUUUCUGUGUAUGAGAGAAAGAAAGACAAGACAGAAAUUAAAUGAAAUAAUAUUUUUGAAAUCAAACACUGGCACCAGGGGUGGGGUGGGGGGUGAAGAUAAGAAAGGAAUUUGUGUUCUUUGCUCAAUGACCUACAUAUGAAAUAAAUCCACACAAUGCAAUGUUUUCAGUUACAAGUACAGUGAAUGUGUAGGGGGUGGGCUGCACCUUAGUACUCAGCCCUCAGUCCCCUAGCCUACAGGACUCUCUGCAGGCAUAGAUCAGGGAUGGUGCCUGAGGCCAAGAUCCUGUACAUCCCACUCAUGUUCAUUAUCUUCAUACUAUGCAAUUCAAAAUGUUAAAUACAGUUCGUCUCCCAUCCUAAGUCAUUUUGAGUGUCUAGGAAGAUGACAGUAUUUUCUCUUCCACACACGCAUACCCCAAAUGCCCAUAUUUUUAGCCAGUUUGAAUUUGCCAUGAAUGAAGACCUUUCAACAUAGUGCAGAAGAAUGCCCACCUAAAACUUUCAGGGGGCAACUCAAGAUGCACCUCCUCAGGUAUCCAGCCAUUAACUCAGAGGCUUUCCUUUAGGGCUCUCCCAAGAAAUUCAGCAGGAGACCAAGCACAGGGAUGAAUCUUGUCUGCUGCAGAAUCUCCAUGUGUUUCCACAAACUUCAAAUCACACUUAUGGUAUGAUAACAAUGCAUGUGUGGCUGGUGGAUGCUGGAGAGGAGUACUGAUUCCUGGCCUUCACUGGAGUCCAAACUAUACAAUGGCCAUGGUGCUAUAUAGGAGAGUAAACACUGGUGAGGAGGUGAUGUGCACAUAUUUGCAGAAAUGAGCCUUGCCCGGACAUCAAUGCAAAAGCACAUUGUCCCUUGAUCACCAUGUGGGAAGACUGGAUGGAAAGAUUUGCUUACUGUGUUCAGCUUAGAAUCAUUCCUGAAAUAGUUGGCAUAACCUUGGCAAAAAAAGCUUCAACAUGGCCCUUAUAUGUUUUCUAAAGGCCAUAACAGUAAUGAUUAUUAUUCAGCAUCUUUGCUGACUAAAAGGUGAAUAAACAGAGCUAGGUAGCAAUAAUGAGCACCUUGUAAUUAACUCCUGUCCCCAAUAACUAAAGCAUAGCUACAUUAAGGUUACAAUGUAACAAGGGUUAACUUCACCCCUUUUGCAAUGCCACUGUAACUUUCAUGUGUUACACCUAUAGUUACAGGGAUGUGGCUUCACUUAACAGUGGGUGAAGGAUAUCAAAUGGCUUAAGUACUGACUUUGUGCUCUGUUGUGAGUGUUGAGCUGAUAAGGAAACAGAUUGGAGGAGUAUGUAGUAUUGUAGUAUUCAGAUAUUUUUUUAAAAAAAUAACUAUAUGGUAGUCAUUUACUUUUGAGAAGUGUGCAACUAAACCGUUGCUUUUAAAACCAUAAGUAUACCAGUAGCUAACUACUUUGUGGGCAGCCCUGCAGACUAUAUCUAAUUGUUGUUGUUGUUGUUGUUGUUGUUUUAAAAGAUUCCAGGCUCUAUAAAUAUAUGCUGGUGCCAUUUCCCCAUGUUUACAAUGUGGAAUUAAAUCCUUGUCCCUGGUACAUGGGAUGAGAGAACUUAAGACUUAGUUGAAUGUUUUGUGAAAGCACUUUUAGAGCCUUUGGAGGCAAGCGGUACCCAGGUGUGGAGUAUCCUUAUAGGCCACUAUUCAGAGAACAAUGCAACUGGGGCAUCUGGUGUUCUAGUCAGCUGGCAUGGUAGCUGUUAAGGGCUUUCAGAAGAGAAUAUACGCAUAUCUAUAUUAAAAAUAAAUAAAUACAUAAUACAUAUAAUCAGAUGCUGGAUGCAAAAUUAUUGUGUUAGGCAACACUUCCUCCCCUCCUUCCUCUUAUUUUUGUACUUUGCUGAUUGUAUGAUGCUUUCUAGCAAAAUAGAAUCUGUUAAUAAGUAAUUACUUUUUAAAGGAAAAAGAUAUAUAAAGGACAUUGCAUCUCCUCUAUUAUCACUGAUAGUGUCUAUAUAGUGUCUAUAAGCAAAAUAUAGACAUUAUCUAUUACUUGAUCCAACUGAAAGCAGGAAGACAGGAUUAGUUGCAGCCUAAUUAAGUUCCAUUGCUUUGGAUGACACUUGGUUGCAAUGAACUUCUUUUUACAAUAAUGCCUUGUGUCUUUUUUCUUUUUCUUUUUUUGUGUGAGCCAAGUGGGGAAAUAAAACACUGCAAUUCUAGUAUUAGUAGGUCAAAAUGGAGACUGUGUUGUCAUGUUAAGAGCAAGAGCUCCACUACUUUCCUCUAGGAAUGCAUUCCUUGUGUCCUCUAGAAAUAAGUAUAAAUGACGUCCUUCUAUUGACUGGUUUUUAUCUCACAUCCUAUGAAUGUAUGUAAAUAAAAUUGUAUAUACUGCAUAUCUAUAUAAAAUAUCUUUUAAUAACAUGUGAAAAAUUGUGUAAAUUGGAAGCAAAAAUAUCUUUAAAGCCAAUGUACAUAAGUUACAAUCUGUAUAUUUUUUUCUUUCGUUCUUCAUAAAAUAUAUUUACUUUGACAAUAAAAAGAAAAUGGAAAUUUUA